CUAUAGUGUUAUCUUCUUAUGCUUAAAUAAGCUCUUUGGAUUAAAAUUCAGAUCUUUGCAAAUCUUUUUCACGGUGCACUGACCAGCACUGGGCGCAGUUUAAUUCUGCAGGAUGCACCAUGUUAUUACCAUCAGGAAAAGAAACACUGAGUCAUUUCUUAUGUUUUGGAGACAGACAAAUGUGGGAUCUUAAUAGGGACUGAAAGGUCAAAGUAAUAGACGUGUGGCUGCUGAACCACCCUGGUCCUCCCACACUUGAGCUGUCCUGUUUACUUGUCAUACUUGCUACAGCUAGCAUCAAUUCUGGCUUGUGUUAUUCAAGAAGUUAGAACUUCUUAGUUUAAACCCCAUUAUUUGAUCUUUGAAAUCAUUUUGGUGCAUGCAUCUAUUUCAUAAGAACAGCCAAAAGCAGGCAAAAGAUACAUUUCUAUUAGAUGGUUCUCUGUGGGAUAGAUCAAGUACUAUUCUCCUCUCAGGAGCUAUUCCUGUGAGUGAAGGGGUGCAGGCUGACAGGAUACAAGCAUGGAAUUGAGCCUAACUCUUCUGUCUCUGUUCUGACACAGGCUCAGCCCCUUCCUGCUGAGACUUCAAGCUCUGUAACCUGUAUUCCAGAAUUACUUUUGGAGGUUCAGCACUCUUACUGUGCUUCAACAUAUAUCUGACCUAAUUAAGAAUGUCAUACCCAGGUUAUCCCCCUUCUGGCUACCCUGCCUUCCCUGGCUACCCUCCCACAGGACAGGAGUCUGUCUAUCCGCCCGCUGGGCAGUACACCUACCCUGCUGCUCCUGGAGGAUAUCCUCCAGCAGGAGGAGGGAGCUUUCCUGCAGCACCACCCAGUGCUGGGUAUCCAGAGGCAGGAGGAUAUCCUGCCCCAGGGGGCUUCCCUGGAGCUCCCCAGGCUGGAGGAAUGCCAUCUUAUCCCGGAGGCCCUGGGUUUGCCGUGCCUCCCACUGGCCCUGGCUUUGGUGGCUAUCCCCAGCCUCCUGCCCAAAGCUAUGGUGGAGGUGGACCAGCACAAAUUCCUGUAGGCUAUCCUGGUGGACAAGCACCAUCACCGACGCCUGGUCCGCCUGCAGCAAUGGCUCAGUAUACUCAGGGCACAAUUCAAGCUGCUCCAAACUUUGAUGCUGGAAGGGAUGCAGAAAUUCUGCGCAAAGCUAUGAAGGGGUUUGGGACUGAUGAGAAGGCUAUCAUUGAUGUUGUAUCUAACCGCUCCAAUGACCAAAGGCAAAAAAUCAAGGCAGCUUUCAAGACGAUGUAUGGCAAGGAUUUAAUUAAAGACCUGAAGUCUGAAUUAAGUGGAAAUGUGGAAGAACUGAUCCUGGCACUCUUCAUGCCUAGAACUUACUAUGAUGCCUGGAGUUUACGUCAUGCAAUGAAGGGAGCAGGCACGCAGGAGAGAGUGCUGAUAGAGAUCCUUUGCACAAGGACAAACCAGGAAAUACGAGAAAUAGUGAACUGCUAUAAAUCAGAAUUUGGAAGGGACAUCGAACAAGACAUCAGAGCAGACACUUCUGGACACUUUGAACGGUUACUUGUAUCUAUGUGCCAAGGUAACCGGGAUGAGAAUCAAACCGUGGAUUAUCAAAAAGCUCAAGAAGAUGCUCAGCGUCUUUACCAAGCAGGUGAAGGAAAACUCGGGACGGAUGAAUCUUGCUUUAAUAUGGUGCUGGCAAGCAGAAGUUUUCCCCAGUUGAGAGCAACAGCUGAGGCGUAUUCCAGGAUUGCUAAUCGUGACUUAGCAAGCAGCAUUGAUCGAGAAUUUUCUGGAAAUGUGGAACGUGGCUUGAAGGCUAUUUUGCAAUGCGCCUUUGAUCGCCCAGCCUUUUUUGCAGAAAGGCUUUAUCAUUCUAUGAAAGGAGCUGGCACAGAUGAUUCUACCCUCAUCAGAAUUGUAGUCACUCGCAGUGAGAUUGAUCUGGUGCAAAUUAAACAGAAGUUCACAGAACUGUAUCAGAAGACUCUGGCUACAAUGAUAGCAAGUGAUACAAGCGGCGAUUACAGGCGUUUGCUACUGGCAAUUGUUGGUCAAUAGAAGACAGUUACCUGGCUGUUUGUUUUCUUUUUUAAAACAAACCGAAGGACAUGUAACAUGCUUCAUGCAGACACUGACUACUCUUGUGCGUAAAAGAAUAACAUAUAAUCAAACACGCCUUCUUGGUGAUUCAUUAAGCUUUUUGCACUUACACUUGCCUUAAUUUACAGCACCUAUUACUCUUUAUUGUAUAAUAAAAGAUAUAUCUUGUCUACUA